AUGAGUGUUUUUAUGUCAAAAAUUGUGGGAAAUAUCUUCCGAAACUCUGCGACGAGAAUAUUAAUAUGUAACAGUAUACCAGAAUUACUACCGGCUUCAAAUGCAUUUUAUUUCAAGCAAAAUAAUUUAUUUUCUACCACAUCGUGUUGUGCAGUUAGGAAUUAUAGUGUAGAUGCGAUUCAACCGCCUUUAGCGUUAGAUAAUGCUAGUUUGCCAAUAAAAAAGAAGACUGUUUACAAGAAGGCUGUAUUGGAAGAAGUUAGUCAAAAGGAAGGACAUUACUUAACUUUGGCUUAUGCCACCGCAAAUGCCUACGAUUUAAAGGGUUUAAAAGAGGCCCUACUACAGCAGAAACUCUAUGAACCUGGAACAUUGAAAGCUCAAGAAGUUGGUGAUGUUAUGGUAGCAAAUGCUGUAUACUCAAUUGGAGAUGAACCACGACAAAUAUUAUUUUUCAAAGAAGGCGCAGUUGUAUUCUGGAAUUGUACUGAGUUAGAGGCUAAGAAUGUUCUGGAUUUUAUUAAGCCGUUUGAAAUAGAAAGCUAUCCUCGUGAAGUGGUGCACAGGGAGAGAGAAAUUAUGACAUAUUUUUAUCAAUCCAAUGUGAAAUCAUGCCAUCUUCAGGAGUCAUGUUUUGUGUUAGUUGCCAAUGGAGAGAACUCAUUAGAAAAAUACACUUUCAGUCAUGCUAUGGUACAAUCUGCCCGACUCGGUGCGUGGGAGGCUCGGCUUGAGACUCUCGCGUCUUCCAUCAGAUCGCAUACUGCUCUUAUGGAGACUGAGGGUGCAUCGCGUGUUGAGAAAAAAGAGGUGGUAAAAAAACUUGGAGAGCUAUUUUCACUGCGACACAGAUUGACAGUAGAAUCAGAUUUGCUGGACACUCCUGACUUCUAUUGGGAAGAAGAGAACUUAGAACGCCUGUAUUCCAACACAGUUGCGUACUUCACUAUACCAAGGCGAACUAGGGUAUUAAACGAGCGUCUCUCUCACUGCGUGGAACUUCUGGAACUGCUGUCUUCGUGGGCUGCCGACCGGCACCACGUCAGGCUAGAGUGGAUGGUCAUCGCUCUCAUUAUGGCGGAGGUUUGCUUCGAGUUGUUGCACUUCUUCGAGAGGUAUAUGGCCAGAAACGACGCAGACGCAGUAUCUAGUCAUUAG